GUGACUCUGCCCAAAACUCAAAUUUACAUUUCUACCCCUUUUCUGUAAACCCAACCAAACCCACCUUGGUAACUCUAUCGUGUCCUCCAUUAAACAAAUUGCCCCACGUAACAAAAUCAAAGUCAACCAACUUACCUUUUCGAGUUGGUCAACAAAACUUAAUCACCCAAUCUAGUCCAGUCAUAUUCUGACAUGAUAUCCAUUCUUUAUGUCACCUCACUCACAGCUAGGUGACUCUACCAUCUUUCUCUGCCCGUCUCCUGCCCGAUCUGCCCACAUUUCUCUGCUCUUCCGAAGUACCCAAGUACGCUCCUUUCCCCCGCCCCCCCCAAUUUUUUUUUGUUUUUUCAUUUUUUUGCCGUCUCUCUCAUCUCUUUCUCUCCCUAAGAAAAUUAUCGAUUUUUCUCUCUCUAGAUCGAUAGUUUUUGGUUAUUUUUUUUUUAAUUGGAGGAAUCAUAGGUUGAGUUGGAUCGGUCAAUUGUGAAAUCUGAGGAUUAGGGAUUGUAACUCCAAUUGGGGAAAAAAGCGUGAAAUAGUUUUAGGGUUUUCGAUAGUGGUAUUGAAUGGUGAAAAAGGAAGUUUUUUUAUGUGGAUCUAGGGUUAAUUGUUAGAAAGAAAGUGCAGAAGAAAGGAUUGAUGGUAGUCUUAAGGGAAAAUGCAAGAAGGCUAUGCAUGGGCGGGUAUAUGAAGAAAGGAAAAAGGGCCGGCACAUGUGGACAGAACCCACCCGUGGGAAUUCUGUUGUUGGUGUUGUAGCUGCUUCUUGUGAUGUUUCUUCCUCUAAUUCAUUGUUGUCUCCAGCUAAUGAUUCAUUUUUCAAGGACGGACGCAGGAUCAGUGUUGGAGAUUGUGCACUUUUUAAACCACCACAGAACUCCCCUCCUUUCAUUGGAAUAAUUCGUUGGCUGGCUACCGGUAAAGAGAAUCAGUUAAAGUUAUGUGUGAAUUGGCUUUAUCGACCUGCUGAAGUAAAGCUUGGCAAAGGCAUCCUAUUGGAAGCUGCGCCAAACGAAGUAUUUUAUUCUUUUCAUAAGGAUGAGAUUCCUGCUGCAUCAUUACUCCAUCCGUGUAAAGUUGCAUUCCUUGCUAAAGGUGUUGAACUUCCAUCAGGGAUUUCCUCUUUUGUUUGCCGGCGAGUUUACGACAUUACAAACAAGUGUUUGUGGUGGCUAACUGAUCAGGAUUAUAUUCAUGAACGACAAGAAGAAGUAGAUAAAUUAUUGUAUAAGACACGCAUAGAAAUGAAUGCUACAGUGCAGCCAGGUGGGCGUUCUCCGAAGCCAAUGAACGGUCCGACAUCAGCAUCACACUUAAAAUCAGGUUCAGAUAGUUUGCAUAACAGUGCCUCUUCCUUUCCUUCUCAAGUUAAGGGAAAGAAAAGGGAAAGAGGAGAUCAGGGCUCUGAACCUGUUAAAAAGGAACGCCCUUCAAAAAUGGACGAUAGCGACUCUAUUCAAUUGAGAACAGAAAGCAGUUGGAGAUCUGAGAUUUCUAAGUUCACAGAAAAAGGGGGGCUCAUAGAUUCUGAAGGUGUUGAGAAAUUAGUGCAGCUAAUGCUGCCUGAGAGAAAUGAUAAAAAGAUAGACUUAGUUGGCCGAUCAGUACUAGCUAGUGUGGUUGCAGCCACUGAUAAGUUCGACUGCCUUACCCGAUUCGUGCAGCUUAGGGGCUUGCCGGUAUUUGAUGAAUGGCUGCAGGAGGUACAUAAAGGGAAGAUUGGUGAUGUUAUUGUUCCCAAGGAUGGCGAUAAGUCCAUUGAGGAAUUUCUCUUCGUCUUACUUCGCGCUCUUGACAAACUCCCUGUAAAUCUUCACGCUUUACAAAUGUGCAAUAUUGGUAAGUCGGUGAAUCAUCUGCGCACUCAUAAGAAUUUAGAAAUUCAGAAGAAAGCAAGGAGCUUAGUUGACACAUGGAAAAAACGUGUUGAAGCUGAAAUGGAUGCGAAGUCUGGUUCUAACCAGGCUGUUUCAUGGGCUGCAAGGCCUCGUCUUCCAGAAGUUUCACAUGGUGGGAACAGACAUUUGAGUGCAUCCUCCGAGGUUGCAAUGAAGAGUUCAGCUGCACAAAUCUCUGCUUCAAAAAAUACUCCUGUCAAGCUUGUCCAGGGUGAGACUGCAACCAAGUCUACAUCUGCAUCUCCAGGUUCCUUGAAAUCAGCACCAUCUUCUGCAUCAGUGGGUAAUAAUAUAAAAGAUGGACAGCCCCGAAAUACUGGUGUUAAUGGUGGGUCUGAACCUCCACUUACAGUGGCUGGAGACGAGAAAAGCAGCAGUUCCAGUCAAUCCCCCAACAAUAGUCAAUCUUGCUCCAGUGACCAUGGCAAAACUGGGGGGUAUUCUGGGAAGGAGGAUGCGAGGAGCUCUACUGCCAUUUCAAUGACUGCAAAUAAAAUCAUUGGUGGUUCUUCUCGGCAUCGGAAAUCAGCGAAUGGUUUCCCAGGACAUACUUCAUCUGGGGUUCAAAAGGAAAUUGGGUCAAGCAGGAACUCUUCCUCACAUAGAAAUCCAGGUUCAGAAAAAUUACCACUGUCCAGUUUGACAUGUGAGAAGGCAGUUGAUGUUCCUGUGGCAGAGGGGAAUAAUCAUAAAUUGAUUGUUAAACUGUCCAACAGAGGCCGUAGUCCUGCAAGAAGUGGCAGUGGAGGUUCAUUUGAAGACCCUUCAGUCAUGAAUAGCAGAGCUUCUUCUCCUGUCCUUUCAGAAAAGCAUGACUUGAAGGAAAAGAAUGAUGUUUAUCGAGCUAAUACUGUCUCUGAUGUCAAUAAUGAGUCAUGGCAAAGCAAUGAUUCCAAAGAGUUUCUGACUGGGUCUGAUGAGGGAGAUGGAUCUCCUGCUACUGUGCCUGAUGAAGAUAACUCUAGGACUGGUGAUGACACUAGGAAAUUAAUAGAAAUUCCUAAAGCUGCUUCCUCAUCAUCCGGAAAUGAACGUAAAUCUGGGAAAUUGCAUGAAGCGUCUUUCAGCUCCAUAAAUGCUUUGAUUGAAAGUUGUGUGAAGUACUCUGAAGCAAAUGCAUCGAUGUCUGUUGGAGAUGAUGUUGGAAUGAACCUGCUUGCUAGUGUAGCUGCUGGCGAGAUGUCUAAAUCAGAUAUGGCUUCACCAAGUCCUUCUCCCCAAAGAAAUGUCACUGUUCCUGAGCACUCUUACACAAGCACUGAUCUGAGAAUGAAAUCAUCUCCAAUUGAUAGUCUUGCUCUAAACCGGGGUCAGUCUGUUGAUGAUGAACAUGAGAAGGGGACUACUAUUUUGAGUAAUUCACUGGUGAUGAACACAGAAGACAAACCCAUUUUAAUAUCUCAUGAACAACCAACAGGGGAUCACAAUGCACAUUUGAAUUCUUCCAUUAUGGAUGCGCAGCAAGUUGCUGAACCCUGCAUAGAAAGCAAUGUGAAGUCAGAAGAAACAUCGGUAGGCACUUCAUUGGCUUUGCCCUCUGCAAGUGCGGUAGAUAAGACAGUUGAUGGUGGGGGGACAGGAACAUGGGAGGAAAAGGUGCGUGGAAAGCUGAAUGCCUGUGGCCUAUCUGAUGCCAAAGAAGAGUUAUGCAACUCUUUCGAAAAUGAAGAGAAGGUUGAUCGUUUAGCAGUGGUGGGGACUGAAGCUGCCGUUCGACCAUCUCCUUUACCAUCUAUGGAGAUUAACAGUGAGAAGAAGAAAAAAAUGAUUAAUGAAUUGAAAAGUUCUGUGCAGGCAGAGCAGAAACCAGCUGCUAUGAUGCUUUCAGGCAGCACAAACGGCAGGGAAGUGUUGCAACAUUCUGAAUCAGGCGAUGACAUGGUUUCUGGAAGUGUUAGUGAGGUGAAGGGUGAAAACACUGUUAAAACUGAAGGCGGCAGUCAGUCUCUGGGAGUACAAAAAACUGAAAAGGAAAGCAAUAUUGGCUCAGCUGUUGCCAACCAAAAGAAUGAUUGCAUGGAGAGUCUAGAAGGUAGUCAGGUUAAAGAACAGCAUGUUGGCGGCCCAGUGCCUCCUCACGAGGUCUCACCAGAAGCUGUUCAAGAAUCUGAACAGCAAUCAAGGUCUAAGGGAUCGAAGUUGGUUGGCACUGAAGCUGAUGAAGCUGAGGAGUGUACAUCAGCAGCUGUGGAUGUUGCUGUUCCAUCUGCUGUAGUGGAGUCAGAUAUGGAAGCAAAAGUGGAAUUUGAUUUGAAUGAAGGUUUUAAUGGUGAUGAUGGGAGAUUUGGGGAACUAAAUAACUUGAUAACUCCAGAAUGCUCAACUAGUGUUCAAUUAGUAAGCCCUUUGCCUUUAUCUGUUUCUUCUGCUUCCGGUGGUCUUCCUGCUUCAAUUACAGUAGCUUCAGCUGCAAAAAGGCCCUUUAUCCCUCCAGAGGAUUUACUGAAGAGUAGGGGAGAACUUGGUUGGAAGGGAUCAGCAGCCACAAGUGCAUUUCGGCCAGCUGAACCUAGAAAAUCACUGGAGACACCAGUAAGUAAUACUAUUAUCUCUCUUCCUGAUGUGCCAGCUGCCAAGCCCAGUCGUCCUCCAUUAGAUAUUGACUUAAAUGUUCCUGAUGAAAGAAUCUUUGAGGAUAUGGCUUGUCAAAGUACAGCACAGGGUAACUGUGAUCUUUCGCAUGAUGAACCACUGGGUUCUGCACCUGUUCGGAGCUCCGGUGGACUUGAUCUUGAUUUAAAUAGAGUGGAUGAGCUUGCUGAUAUCGGCAAUCACUUAACAAGCAAUGGUCGUAGGCUGGACGUGCAGCUUCACCCUGUCAAAUCACCUUCAAGUGGUAUUCUUAAUGGAGAGGUGAGUGUCCGCAGGAACUUUGAUUUGAAUGAUGGGCCUCUUGUUGAUGAGGUGAGUGGGGAACCAUCUUCAUUUGGCCAGCACACAAGGAACAGCGUACCAUCCCAUUUGCCGCCUGUUUCUGCCCUUCGAAUUAACAAUGUUGAAAUGGGGAACUUCUCUUCAUGGUUUUCACCGGGUCAUCCCUACCCUGCUGUUACAAUCCAGCCUAUCUUACCUGGCAGAGGAGAGCAGCCUUUUCCAGUGGUUGCGCCUGGUGGACCUCAAAGGAUGUUGACUCCUACUGCCAACACACCUUUUAGUCCUGAUAUCUUCCGGGGCUCAGUCUUAUCAUCUUCCCCAGCUGUGCCAUUUACAUCUACACCUUUCCAGUACCCCGUCUUUCCUUUUGGAACCAGCUUUCCUCUACCUUCGGCGACAUUUCCUGGUGGCUCAACAAGUUAUGUUGAUGCAUCAGCUGGCAGUAGGCUUUGCUUUCCUGCUAUGCCUUCUCAAGUACUAGCACCUGCAGGUGCAGUCCAAUCCCAUUACUCAAGACCCUUCGUUGUUAGCGUUGCUGAUAGUAACAACACCAGUGCUGAGAGCAGUAGGAAAUGGGGACAGCAGGGACUAGACCUAAAUGCAGGGCCUCUAGGUCCGGACAUAGAGGGGAAAGAUGAAACAUCUUCUCUUGCAUCAAGGCAAUUGUCUGUUGCCAGUUCACAGUCUCUUGUGGAGGAGCAAUCAAGGAUAUAUCAAGUUGCAGGAGGCAGUGUAUUAAAGAGGAAGGAACCAGAUGGAGGGUGGGAAAAUUAUAAGCAUUCAUCAUGGCACUAGAGAUGCUCAAUGGUGCUGCUUGCUGAUCUGUGAAGCCUUUCCAACGGGCGUUGGCAAUUCCUAGGAUCUGUCAUCUAACUUGUGCUCUUAAAGGAUGGGUGGUAAGUGAGUUAUUUGAUGUUGUUCAGUCUCCGACCCCCACCCUUUCACUGUUCCAAUUGUAUCUUUAAGGAAUCUGUCCGGGGUCUUCAAGCUGGUAGGAAUUUGUACUGGGCAGCUGCAGUUCACUUUUCCCUUUGUAGAUAUCUUAACUGUUGAAAAGCAUGUUGCCCAAACAUUGGAAAAAUUGGUGCCUAUACUCUUAUUCAGUGCAUCUGCAAUAUAUACUGUUGGACCAAAAUCAUCCUUCCUUCUCCAACCAUUCCGCAAUGGAGGUUGGGUUAGUGACUGCUUUGAACAGAGCCCUUUUGUAUGUGCUUUGUUGUUAAUUUAUCGUUUUUUCUCUAUUUUAAUCACAUAUAUAAGCAGAGUGGUCAGCGAAUUUUGGUA